AUGGGUUGUCAUGCGAUUUGGACCUGGAGAAAUACGGAAGAACAUGAAGGGGGUUUCUUGAAACUAUACGAUCCAGGGACAUGGAUCUUGCAGAGGAUCAAGGAGUAUGAAGAUGCUACGGGGUUGGACAAGGAAGUAAAGAAUCAAGGUAGAUCAGUUAAAAUGAUAGGUUGGACUCCGUCGGAUAGUAAUAUGGUUAAGUUAAAUACCAAUGGUGCGUGUAAGGAUGGAAUCACUACUGGUUAUAUUGAACCGAUACGACAAAGUAAUGGUAAUUGGACCAACGGGUUUGCUAAGUCAUUGGGGUAUUGUAGUGUUGUUAUGGCGAAACUUUAG